UUCAUAGUAAAGGACUUCCCAGUGCAGAGAACUGCCUGGCUGGUGUGAGGAGCAGCCGGGACCACAGAGGUGGUGGAGAGAUGUCCCUCAUCUGCAACCAGCUUUCCGUCGUGAACCCAACCUUGGAUUCAAAUGCCAGCUGUUUCAAAUUAGAAUGAAAAUCCUGCUUGUGUGGCAGAGUUCAAACAGGGCCUAGGGGUACAAACAAGAAAGGGAUGGGUGUAGCCGCCAGAGGUGUGAGCAGAGCCCAUCCACCCCACGUGGUCACCCUCUCCCGGGUGACCAGUGAUUUCCAUCCGUCAGCAUUCACCUCCCUCUUCCUCCAACAUGUGCCAGGAAGAGGCCCCGGCCUGGCUGUUCUGAGGACCAGCUGAACACCACGAGGGUCUGCCCUGAGGGCCUCAGCCCCAUUCCUUGCCAAGCCCCACCGGCCUGAUCUGGCCCAGCCUCCUCAGAGGCCAGGGUGGAAGCUGGAACCACAGGCAGGACAGGACUCGCUGUUUGGUGGGGGAAGCCCUCAGGGAGCCAGGAGCCAGGAGGUUAUCCCCUUCUUUAGGCUCACACAAGGGGGUGACCGGUACACCCUCCGGUAUGGACAUCAGAUCAUUGUCAAAGGGAUGUUUCUUCCGUCCGGUGGAAACAGGUUUGAGGUAAACUUUCAAACGGGCUUAAGUGACAAAGACAUUGCCUUCCACUUCAGCCCUCGGUUUGAAGAGGGCGGGUAUGUGGUCUGUAACACCAAGCAGAAAGGACGCUGGGAGCAGGAACAGAAGAUGAAUAUAAAUCCCUUCCAGAUGGGAGUUCCUUUUGUGAUCAGCUUCCUGGUGGAGAACUCUGGAUUCCAGGUGAAGGUGAAUGGAAACUUCUUUAUGAACUACAUACACCGCGUGCCCCACCACCGAGUGGACACCAUCUCCUUCACCGGUGGUGUGGAGGUGACACAGAUCAGCAUCGAGGACACCUGUGCAGUCCCUGCCCAGAGGAUGAUCUCUGAGGGUCAGCCCGACACCAGUCCUUGUGUCUCACUUGAGUCCAAAGAGCAGAAACCAAAACCUCCAAGUUACUGGCAGGCCACCGCAUCUCCCAUUAUGCAAAAGGUCAUCCUUGGACACAUUUGCCCUAAUCCUUAUUCCCCCCGGAAGGCGUACUCCAGCCCCCCUGGGGACCACACUCUUGAAACAGCAAACCCCUUCCUUUAAAUUAGCCAAUCGAGAAAGACUGUGUGUGCGCCUGAGCUCCAAUCAAGAGCAAAGGACAGAUCACAUGCGUUGGGGAUUAUAAAGCUGAGUAGACCCCCUGGUUGAUGUGCACGGGCUUCCAGACCAUGUGUGUGCACCCUUCUGCAUAGAAGUAAAGAUGUUUGUCUUGCU